GAUUCAAGGGGUUCGUCACCUACGAUAUUCCUACCACGGUUCUUCCGGAAGUUUUUCACCACAGUGCUAAGAUAUAGAGCACAAUAUUUCACAACCAAUGUUCACAUCAUUUACGACAUAGGGAAGACACCUCUGUGUGACUAUGCUGUGCGACUCAUCUAAUAUUUUUACUCUCAUUAAAUUAAUAUCAUUUACCAGUUGAAUUUUAAGCUUUUGAACUGUGUUACCUUGGAGGUUUGCACUUGUGAUUAUAUUUCAUAAGAAGUACGUGCAUACCCAACUAAUAGAACAAUGGGGGUACCAAAGUUCUUCAGGUAUAUGAGUGAAAGAUAUCCUUGCCUCAGCGAAGUAGUCAGAGAAUAUCAGAUUCCAGAAUAUGACAACUUAUACUUGGAUAUGAAUGGCAUCAUUCAUAUUUGUUCCCAUCCGAAUGAUUUCGAUUUUCACUUUCGCAUAUCGGAGGAAAAAAUAUUCCGGGAUAUAUUUCAUUACAUUGAAAUAUUGUUUCGCAUGAUCCAACCGCAGAAGUUAUUUUUUAUGGCGGUUGAUGGUGUUGCACCGCGUGCUAAAAUGAAUCAGCAAAGAGGACGAAGAUUCAGAUCAGCUAAAGAUGCUGAGAUCAUGGAAGCCAAAGCUAAAGAGAAAGGUGAAAUUCUUCCCGAAGAAGCUAGGUUUGACUCAAACUGCAUCACGCCAGGAACUGUAUUCAUGUCACGCCUCAAUGAGCAGCUGAAAUAUUUUGUUACUUACAAAAUAACAACUGACAAACUUUGGCAAAAGUGCAAAGUAAUAUUAAGUGGACAUGAGACACCAGGCGAAGGAGAGCACAAAAUAAUGGAUUACAUUAGGUACCUGAAAUCUCAGCCAACCUAUGACUGCAAUACAAGGCAUUGCUUAUACGGCUUAGAUGCUGACCUGAUUAUGUUAGGAUUGUGCACACACGAGCCACAUUUUUCACUCCUGAGAGAGGAAAUCAAGUUUGGAAACAAACAGAAGAAAGCCUCAACACCAGAGGAGACAACAUUCUUCCUCCUGCAUUUAUCGAUUCUACGAGAAUACAUAGAGCACGAAUUUUCAUCUAUCAAAGACAAGUUAUCAUUUCCCUUCGACAUUGAAAAAAUAAUCGAUGAUUGGGUUUUAAUGGGUUUCCUUGUUGGAAAUGAUUUCAUUCCACAUUUACCAAAUUUGCACAUUGCCAAUGGGGCUCUACCAAUUCUAUACUUGGCAUAUUUGGAAGUACUCCCAACACUAGAUGGGUACAUCAACGAUGGUGGCACUUUGAAUUUGGAUAAUUUUGAAAAAUUUAUGGAAAAACUUAGUCGGGUAGACAUUGAACAGUUUACAGAACAAUAUGCAGAUUUGAAAUAUUUUGAAUCAAAGACUGGGCGACGACCAAAUGACACAGAAAGGCAUAGUUAUAAAAAUUCAGAAGGCAUGGCUGAGACAUCACCAAAAAAAUCUGGAAACAAAGAGUUGGAAGAUUUAAUCAAAUCUAUAGAUGACAUGUUAUUGGGACAUUCGGACAAAGAGGAAACUUUGGAUGAUGAUUCAGACAGUGAUGUUUACAAUAUGGAAUUCGUUCAACACAAGCGUGAUUAUUAUAUGAACAAGCUGGAAUAUGAAGAUGUGGAUGCGGACGUACUGAGAUCACAAGCUGAAUGCUAUGUCAGAGCUAUUCAGUGGAAUUUGCAUUACUAUUACAAUGGAUGUUGCAGUUGGUCAUGGUAUUACCCGCAUCAUUACGCGCCAUAUAUUUCUGAUAUAAAAGGCUUUAAAGAUUUUCAUUUGGAAUUUGACAUGGGCAAACCAUUCCUCCCAUUCCAACAGCUACUAGCAGUGUUACCUGCCGCCAGUAGGUCACUGUUGCCAAAGCCAUUUGAACCCCUAAUGAUUGGUGAACAAUCGCCAAUCAUCGACUACUAUCCCCCCGAUUUUAAAACUGAUUUGAAUGGCAAACGUCAAGAGUGGGAAGCAGUUGUGCUCAUCCCUUUUAUAGAGGAAUCAACUUUGUUGGGAGCAAUGGAGCCAUACUAUGAAAAGUUGACCCCAGAAGAAAAAAAACGAAAUUCACACGGGCCAAUGUACGUUUAUUGCUACACCAAUGAAGAUCUGGGACCAUAUGAAGCUGCCGAAUAUUUUCCAAAAUUGACUAAAAACCAUGCUAAACUGGAAAUGAUCAGAUGGGAAGACAUUAUUGUGGCUCGGGAAAAACUAGUAAAAGGAUUAUGUCCUGGAACAAAGUUGGAAGUAUAUUUUCCUGGAUUUCCGACGUUAAAGCACAUAGAUCACACGGCGGAGUUACGGAAAGCAAAGGUCAAAGUCUUUGAACAAUCUUCGCGAGGUGAAAACAUGAUCUUAGAAAUAUCGGUUACUCCAGCACCGAACUUAACUGAUCUGGCUAAUGAAAUACUUGGAAAAAGUAUUUUCGUUUCAUGGCCACAUUUGGUAGAAGCUCGAAUUAUUGCCAUAGCAUCACGUGAUACAAAGUUCGCCUUGUCAGAUGUACAAGGGGAAACUACUGUCAAAGAGGAAAUGAAAGGGCCUCUUGUAGUUCAGUGGAGUGCAUCAAAUAAGGCUAUAAGUGAAACGUAUAUGAGUCGGUUAGGUGUCGAGAUUGGUGAGACAGAAAUUUUAGUCUAUGCCUGCCUCAUGACUGGUAGACGUUAUAUAUUCGGUAAUCAAGGUAAAAUCUCCCUGGAAAAACAAUGGGCCGAGGUACCGUCAGUGUUUCCACUCCAGGCAACUGUCAGAGAUAUAGCAGUCUACGAUCCAAGUUUUGUACAGUACAAAAAUAUCAGCGAAGUGUUCACCCCUAAAAGCAUAUGUUUCAUGUUGGGGCAUCCUCAUUACGGAGCAAUGGGCGAGGUUGUAGAAGGUGGCGCCAACAUAAAAACUGGCAGAGUAAAAUUGGCAAUGUGGAUCACUUCAGAGCCAAACUUGGAUGCAGUUAGACAGGGACAAUCAGGUUCCAAGUCUCGUUACAUGCAUGGUAGUAUUGCAGCUCAGAAAUUGGGAAUCUCUAGCCACCUUUUAAGCCGAAUUACCGGUUCUAUAUACGUUUUGCAAGGACCAAGGGAACAAAUGGAACAUACUAAGCGCAACUUGGGACUAAACUUGAAGUUCAACAAAAAAAAUGAGGAGGUCCCAGGUUAUACAAAAAAAGUGAAUGGUCAAUGGUUGUACAGUACGAAAGCUAUCGAGUUGAUACAUACCUACAUGCGAAUCUGGCCAGCAUUUUUUGAGCAACUGGCUAUCAAUCUUACGAAUGAUAUUUAUUACGAGGAUGAACUAUUUCCAGAAGGAUCGACUAUGACCGUGAACGAUGUAUUGGCUUGGUUGAAAGAACAACCUUUUUACAAUGUGGAAAGCCGUAUCUGUGGUGCUGACAACCUGGAUCCGGAAGUCGUUGAGGAAAUUGAAAAAACAGUAGACGCAUUAUUUGCAAACCAGGGAGAUGCUCAAGUUGGCAAAACUAUAAUGAUGCAAGUUAAGCCACAUUUACUGUUUAAGCCUAACCUUCACAAAGGGAAUUUGGCACCAGAUUCAACAGCUCAGCAUGAAAUUUACGACAGAAUCGUAUGCGUCAAAGAAAGCUUUACAGUCCCUCUUGGUUAUAAAGGCACCAUAAUUGGAAUUCAGAGAGCAGAAAAAUUGUCAGACUUUAUUUUUGAUGUCCUAUUCGAUAAGACAUUCGUAGGGGGCUUGACUUUGGACAUGUGCUCCGCUAAUCGUGGCUACAGGCUGGCACCUGCCGAUUUUAUAAAUUUGUCGCACGGUGUCAGGGCUGAGAAUAUUAAAUCUGGCAAACGGAACGUUGAUACAGAGAUAUUAUCAUGGAGAUCGUCGUCCAAUUCCCAGACUCACUCAUCCCGUUCUAACACAAGUGCGUUCGCGUCGUUCACCAACCAGGGUGGCAAUGCUCCAGCCUUUAUGAAGGGUGAGAUGCAGUUUCCUAUACCGAAAGUGAAAAUUAUGAAGAAAUAUAAUCAUGAGAAUUCGCCUAAUUACCAAUCUGUAGAACCGAAAAUUCAAGACAUGACUAGUGAAAAGGUUCUGGAGAUAACUACACGCCAAGAGGCGAACCCUGUUAGCAAUGCUAAGAUUGAAAACGAAGCUAGGCGUAAUCCACAAGAUAGUAAGGAGCAAACUACGCGAAAGUCAUCUGAAUUUCAAGCCUUAUGGAAUGAGUUGCACAGGCUACAGAAGUCGAGUGGUCCAAAUAGUGAACAAAAAUUACCAUCAACACCAAAAACUGAAUGGAAGCAAGCUUCCGGCGUUGCUGUGGAUUCGCCCAAGGAAACUCAGUUCUGGCCUCAAGAUCCCAGUGCUUUUUUGAAAGCGAUGUUAAAAAUCUCUGAUGAUAGCUCGCAAAAAAAUACAUCAUCCAACAAACCUCCUGCAUUCCCACAAUUAUCUAAGUCAUCAGAUGCUCCGCCCCUGGUGCAACAGUUAUUUGAUCAUGCCCGACAGGCAGAAAGUACUAAAAGAGCGAACGUACCGUCCUACUGUUCGCAAUUACUGACAUAUUUCCAAGCAAAAGGCAUGGGUAUGCCUCGCUAUAAUUACAUCCCAAGCAAAGAGGGUAAUUGUAUUUGUGCCAGAAUUUUCUUGCCUGAUACAAGAACAUUCACUGGCGAAUUUUGUUCGACCAGAGAACUAGCUGCUGAGAGUGCUGCCAAGCGGGCAUAUACAGAAUUAAAUUUGAACACUGUACCUGAACCGGGUGUUAAUAUAUUGCCAACACCUCCCCAUCAAUGGUACAGCACCCCUCGACACAAUGCAAUUCGGCCCUCACAAAACGUCAGACCCAUCAUAAAUGGUCCACCUCCGAUGCCACCAAUGAUUGUAGAAAAUCCAUUCUUGAAGGUCUUUGGCGGCAGUCCGAACGUACCACAAAAUCAAAACAACUCGCGUGUGAUGCAAAAUUUUUCGCAAGUUCGCAAUCAGCCACAACAUCCGGUUCCUAACAAUGGAGCUGGUAGUUCAAAAAAUUGGAGGACGGAGAAUACUAAUAAGUCUGAGCAAAAGAGAAGUGCCCCCUUUGUACCGUUACAAGCACAAAAACAACACCGAAAUACGAACACAAAACAUUCGACUGGAUCAACACAUUCUGCCAAUAAGUUUCAAUGGGUCACUUCACAGCAACAAAAAAUACCAUCUGAGGUUCAUCAAGAGAACACUACCAAGGUACAUGAGGAGAAAACAGUUGUCCAAGAGUCUCGGCAUCUAUCUAAGUCUCAAAGUCAGCCAAAACAUCAACACAGGUCCAGUAAACAGAGGAAAUCUCGAAUCGCCGCGAACUUCGGUUCUCCCCCAGUAUCUAAUGGAGAUGAAGCCAAGUAACGGAACUGAUACACGAAUGACUCCUGAUGGAAGAUCGAACUCGCAUACGCUCAUAUUCAUCUCGUGUAUAGUUAUAAGACAAAAUAUAUUUCAUUAUUUACAACAAAA